GAGAGAGGGGGGAAGUGGGGGUUCUGUAGUGUCUUGGCCUGUCCCCUCCCUCCCCACUCAAUACAAUAUCUCUUUCUCUUUCUCAUAUCAGUCUUAAGUCCAAAAAGCCACCACCAAGACUGGCAUUUUUGCCUUUUGUUUCUGUUUGUUCUAUAUGCGGUUGUCUAUGUCUGCUGCUUUCUCUUCUCAGUACCUCCAAAUGGGAGAGGAAUCAUACUUUGAAUUCCUUGUUAUUAUUUGAUACCCUUCUCUUUCUCUUUCAUUUUCUUCUCUAUCUUUUUAGCCUAUACAUGACUUUCUUGUUGUUUUCUGUUCAUCUUCUUGCAACCCUUCUCCUGUUUUUAUUAGCUUUAUGGUACCCUUCAAAAUAUAUGAACUUUCUACCCUGCUUUGACCUCAUUUCACAUUUUCUAUAUUUUUUUAGCUUUGUGGAUACUCUUGUUAACACCACUUGAUUACUCUUAUCUCUUUCUUUUUCUCUUUUUAUUUAUUUAUUUUCAGUUAUCAGAUAUUUCCUUUGGUGGGUUGGUUAUGUGGUUGUAUUUCUAUUGAGAGAGAAACAGAGAGAAGAAUACUCUAUACUUGGAGUGUUGAUGGAAAUUGAUCUGAACCAUGCAGCUAGUACUGAGGUGGAAAAAGUUGCAUUCUGCAAUGACAACUGUGAGAAGGACAGUGGAUGUGCUCAUUGUUUGUGCUCUUCAUAUUCUUCGUCAUGCUCCUCAAAUUUAGGUUCAUCGCCUUUGACUUCUUCAAUUUGGUUUGAGCUGUGGCAUGCUUGUGCUGGUCCUCUCACUUCACUGCCCAAGAAAGGAAAUGUAGUUGUUUACUUCCCUCAAGGUCACUUGGAACAAGUUGCUUCAUGUUCUCAUUCUUCACCUAGUGAAGUUCCCACUUUUGAUCUCCAAGCUCAAAUCUUUUGCAAAGUUGUGGAUGUCAAACUACUUGCUAAUAAGGAGAAUGAUGAGGUUUAUUCACAGGUUACUUUGCUUCCUCAACAGGAGUUGGUAGGAAGGAAUGUAAAGGGCAAAGAGCAUGAAGAGUUAAGUGUGGAUGAGGAGGGGGAUGGUGGAUCGCCUACAAGAUCAACCCCUCAUAUGUUCUGCAAAACACUUACAGCUUCUGAUACUAGUACCCAUGGAGGGUUCUCUGUUCCUCGAAGAGCUGCCGAAGAUUGUUUCCCCCCCCUGGACUAUAAACAGCAGAGGCCGUCUCAAGAGCUUCUUGCAAAGGACUUGCAUGGCGUGGAAUGGAAAUUUCGACACAUAUACAGAGGUCAGCCACUGCGACAUCUGCUCACUACAGGAUGGAGUAUCUUUGUGAGCCAAAAAAAUCUUGUUUCAGGGGAUGCUGUGCUCUUUUUGAGGGGCAAAGAUGGAGAGCUGAGAUUAGGAAUCAGGAGAGCUGUUCGACCUAGUAAUGGCCUUCCUGAUUCAAUUCUUGUAGAGCAAAAGUCCUACCCAAAUAUUCUUUCUCAAGUGGCUAUUGCAGUAUCAACCAAGAGCUUAUUUCAUGUUUUCUACAGUCCAAGGGCCAGUCAUGCUGAGUUUGUCAUACCCUAUCAAAAGUAUAUGAAGAGCAUCACAAAUCCAAUAUGCAUAGGAACAAGAUUCAAAAUGAGAUCUGAAGUGGAUGAAUCACGGAAAAGGUGUAAUGGUUUCGUGAUUGGAAUGGGCGACUUGGAUCCGUAUCGUUGGCCAAACUCAAAAUGGAGAUGCUUAAUGGUCCGAUGGAAUGAAAAUAUUGGGAGCGAUAAUCAAGAAAGAGUCUCCCCUUGGGAAAUUGAUCCUUCUGUUUCUGUCCCACACCUGAGCCUUCAGUCCUCCCCAAGGAUGAAAAAACUGCGGGCAGGUUUGCAGGCUACUCCUUACGACUACCCUGUCACUGGAGGGGGUGGAUUUUUGGACUUUGAGGAGUCUGUUAGAUCCUCUGGGGUCUUGCAAGGUCAAGAAAAUGUAGGUUUUGUAUCACCGUUAUAUGGGUGUGAUACUGUUAAACACCUGCAGGAUUUUGAGGUGCGAACUCCUGCUCAUCAAAAUCUUGCAUUAACUGGAAAAGGAAAAGAUAAUGCUAAUGAGUUUCUGAGGGCAUACCCCACCACUUUCACAGGCUUAAUGGAAUCCAAUAGGUUUCCAAAGGUCUUGCAAGGUCAAGAAAUAUGCCCAUUGAGAUCCCUGACUGGAAAAUUUGAUCCCAAUCUAAGUGCAUGGGAUAAACCCAAUCUUGGUUGCAAUUCUUUCAAUAUGUAUCAAGCAGCCAAGUCCAAUUUCUAUGCAUUACCAUCAGAAAGUCUUCAAAACAUGUAUUUUUCUUAUGGUGAAAUGCACAAAACAGGCAAAAAUCCUAUAAUUCCGGCUUAUGGUACUAACUUUCAGAAAGAAACCAUCCAAAUCAACUCUUCCAUCCAGAGAGGGCUCAUUUGCGAAGAGAUUAGAAAGCCAAAUCUAAUGAACAAUUAUAAACCACCUGAAAGUCUACCUAUGCCUUCUACUUUUAACACUAAUCUGAGAAGAAAGAAAGAUGGCGGCUUUAAUGGAACAGUGCCUGGAUGUAAACUUUUUGGGUUCUCUCUGACUGCAGAAACACCCUCUCCAAGCUUACAAAGUCUUAGUAAGAGGAGUUGUACGAAGGUUCACAAACAGGGAAGCAUGGUUGGAAGAGCUAUUGAUCUCUCAAGACUCAAUGGCUAUGGUGACCUGCUAAGUGAACUAGAACAACUAUUUAAUAUGGAAGGCCUUCUGCGAGAUCCUGAUAAGGGAUGGCAGAUCUUGUACACUGACAGUGAAAAUGACAUGAUGGUGGUUGGGGAUGACCCUUGGCAUGACUUCUGUAAUGUGGUGUCCAAGAUCCAUAUAUAUACCAAAGAAGUGGAGAAGAUGACGAUUGGAAUGAUGACUGAUGAUACUCAAAGCUGUUUGGAUCAAGCACCUGUGAUAAUGGAAGCUUCAAAAUCUUCGUCGGUGGGCCAGCCAGAUUCUUCUUCUACAGUAAUAAGGGUCUGAAGUAUGGCAUUGUGUUUAUAUGCUUGUGAACAAGUUAUAAAACCUGAACCUAGUUGAAUGUUUGUAUUUGCUUGAGUCUGCAUCUCCAAUACUAUUCCAUUAACAACACUACAUAAUAGUUGUAAAUGUAUGUGUGGUGACAUCAAUAAUCAAGUCUCUGUAUUAUGUUUUAGAUGAUCUACAAUCUCAGUCACAAUCGGGUAAAUGGUUGUGAAAAACGUUGAUUUUGUCCCCUA